AUGAUCUCUACAGCUACCUUGUUGUCUGUGUUUGCGCUCGCUGGCACCGCUGUUGCCGUUCCCUCUCGCACCGGCACCGCCAAGAGGGCCACUUGCACUGUGAACAGUGUCUCCAGUGCUGCUGAGUUGAGCGACUGUUCAGACGUCGUCAUCGCAGCAUUCACUGUCCCAGGCGGAAGUACUGUGACGAUUGAGGCAGCCUCUGGCGCGACAGUUACCAUGACGGGCGACGUGACUUUCGCUUCGACUACUUCCGAGGGACCACUUUUCACUCUUCAGACCGAUGAUGUCAGUUUCAACGGCGGCGGGCACACCUUCGACGGUAACGGCCCGUUGUAUUGGGAUGGCGAAGGCACGAACGGCGGCAAGGCAAAGCCUCAUCCAUUCUUCAAAAUCAAAGGCUCUGGCACGUUUGAAAACUUUGAGAUAUUGAACAGUCCCGCUCAGGCCAUAAGCGUAGGCACCACAGCCAAGAGCACUAUAUCGUCUGUCACCGUCGAUAACUCUGCAGGGGACUCGGGAGCACUCGGUCAUAACACAGACGGCUUCGACGUCUCGGCCUCUGACUUGACGAUCACAGGCUCAACGGUCAAGAAUCAGGACGAUUGUGUCGCUAUCAACUCCGGGUCGAGCAUCACGUUCUCCAACAACGUGUGCUCCAACGGGCAUGGUAUCUCAAUCGGAAGCAUCGCGUCUGACAAGACGGUUUCUGGGGUCACCAUCAGUGGAAACACGGUCACGAACAGCAUGUACGGAAUGAGAAUCAAGGUGGACGCCGAUGCCACGGACGCAUCUGUUUCGGAUGUGACCUACUCCGGCAACACAAUCUCUGGAGCGACGAAAUUUGGGAUGUUAAUUUCUCAAACAUACCCGGAGGAUGAUUCUGGCACUCCAGGGACUGGUGCACCAAUCAGCGACAUCAACUUCACGGGUAGCAAGACCUCUGUCUCAGUUGAAAGCUCCGCUCACGGUUUAGUGGUUGACUGUGGCGCUUGCAGUGGUACUUGGGACUUCAGCGAGCUCACGGUCACUGGCGGUGAAGGAAACUCCGUUUCUGCCGAUGAUGCUUCGCUCUGGGUUCUCUCACAGAUCACCGGUGGCAGUUUCUGA